AUGGAUCAGUCUGGUCAGGAUGUAUUUGUUGUCACUAGUGCUUCCUCUUUGCAAAAGAACGAGAACUUGGAUGUCGAAUCUUUAUUAAUAGGCAUUCCUCGGAGUUCUUUCCCAGGACAGAGCCAUGGAGGGGUACAAGUGGAAAACCAUAGGAAUGGGCAAACUCUGACCAGGGAGCAGGUUGAGCCCAUCAAAACAACAGACGUCAGUGGGGCAAGGAGAGCAACGUGCUUGCAAGAUGAGCCACUAGUUCUCUUGGAGCAACACGAUGGGACAGAACACGAUUCAGGGCAGAUACUUUGCCCAGGAACUAAGACACGACCGGAGGAGUCGGUGGGACCCGGGUUUCGGACGGUCCAUUGGGACCUGGGUGGAGAGACCUCCUGCUGCACUGGGGAGACUGGGGCAGCGGGGUGCGAAAGCAGAGAGGGGGUGAGUGCAGAUCCAGGUGCAACAACAGGAGGAUGGACUGAAGGGAGGAGAGACGCGGGGCAUCAGGGCAGCUCUGACAAUGGGGGAGCUGAGGGGUCGGACGGGGAGACGCCGGCAGGAGGUGGCGAGGAAGAGUCCAGUCAGGGGGACGGCAGCCCCGGCCCGCGGUCUUGCAGCUUCGGCUCGUCCCUCUGCUUCGCGGCGGCCACCGGCGACGAGCAGGAGCGGGUGUCAGCGCCGGAGGAGCGGGUGGUGAAGAGCCAGCAGCAGAUCAACAACAACCACCACCAGCAGCAGCAGGAGCAACUCCGCGGGCCCCCGGAGGAGCAUGGGGGCAGCUCGGUCCCCGUCCCUUACUGGAGCCUGGAGGCGGGCAGCGGAGGAGGAGGAGGCGGCGGCGCUGCCUCGCCCCCACCCCCGUCGGCGGAGGGCCCGGAGCCCGACCUGGUGAUCGAGGUGUCGGGCCUGCGGGUGCGGGCCCACAAAGCGGUGCUGGCCGAGCGCAGCGACUUCUUCCGGGCGCGGCUGUCCCGCCAGUUCCUGAGCCUCCGCGGCGGCCUGAGCUUCGAGGCGCUGAGGCCGCUGCUCGACUACGCGUACGGAGCGGGCAUGGCGGCGCGGGCCGACAACGCGGCCGAGCUGAUCGCCGGGGCGCAGUACCUGCAGAUGCCGUGCGCCCUGCACUCGGCCGUCGACUCGCUCAAGGCCCAGCUGGAGCUCGGAAACUGCCUGGAGCUGCUCGGCCUGGCCAAGCGGCAGCGGCUGCCCGAGCUGCGGGAGGCCGCCUACAAGUUCAUGAGCGACCAUUACCUGCGGGUGCUGCGGGAACCCGCCGUCUACGGCCGCCUGAGCGGAGCCGAGAGGGAGCUCAUCCUGAGGAAAAGGACGGAGCUGGCCCCGGCUGGAGCCUCGGCCUCGAGUUCUGCAGCGUCCGCCUCCUCCUCAGCGGGCGGCGAACGUUGUCUGGUGCUGGUCGACCUCAACGAGGUGUACGAGCGGCCUUCGCCGGCGGGGAGCCGGCCGGUCAGCCGGGAAGGGAAUAGGCCGGAGAGCCCCGAGGUCGGCUCCCCGGCGGAGGCCGGGACGCCCCGGGAGGGCUCGGAUGGAGGUGAAGACGAGGAGGCCGCCGCCCGCUGGCUCUACCGUCGCGACGCGUCCACCGAGAGCUGGGAGCGGCUGAGCCGCCUGCCCGAGGCGGCGGCGGACGCCCGGGGCUGCGGCCUGUGCACCCUGUACAACUACCUGUUCGUGGCGGGCGGCCUGCGGGGCGCCGGGCCUCGAGCCCGACCUUCCGACCGCCUCUUCAGUUACAACCCGGCGACCGGAGGCUGGUCCGAGCUGAGGCCCAUGAGGCAGGCCCGCUCGCAGCUGAAGCUGGUGGCCCUGGACGGCCAGCUGUACGCCAUCGGCGGCGAGUGCCUCUUCAGCGUCGAGCGAUACGACCCGCGGGCCGACCGUUGGAGCCCGGCGGCGCCGUUACCCCGCGGAGGCUUCGCCGUCUGCCACCAGGCGGCCGCCUGCUCUGGCUCCAUUUACGUGUCGGGCGGCUCGCUCUUCUACCGCCUCCUGCGUUACGACCCGCGGCGGGACGAGUGGCAGGAGUGUCCGUGCAGCAGCAGCCGGCGCCGCUCCGCCGACAUGGUGGCUCUAGGCCGGUGGCUCUACCGCUUCGACCUGGAGCGCCGGGCCGGAGCUGGAGCGCCCCUCGCCGUGAUCUCCCGCUACAACACGGUGGCCCGGGUGUGGAGUGACUGCGGCUCCCUGCUGCUGCCCGCCGCCGCCCCGGUGCAGCCUUUCCGCUGCGCCCUCCUGGGCCGCGACCUUUACUGCGUCAGCCGGGCCUACAGCCUGCGCUUCACCCUGACCGAGGAGGAGGACCACAACAACGGGGACCGGGGACGCCAGCGCCGCCUCCAAAGCCAGCAGCUCACAGCGUGCGCCGAGGCCAAGGGGGUACUCUUCCCGGUCGUCCUCACCUUCCCCGACAGGAGCGUGACCGCUCACCACAAGGCGCCCUGAGACAGGCCCCACCCCUGUUCGUAGAUAAGGAGGAAAGGGAAACGCCAUUACCCUGUCCCCCACACUACUUCCCUGUACCCCCUGCCCCCACACUACCACCCUGUACCCCCCCCAGCCACAGCCUCCCUAUAAACCCCCUGCUCCCCACACUGCCUCACUGUGUCCCCUGUAAACCUUGCUAUCAUCCGUGCCUCCUGUAAACCUCCCUGUACUGCCCUUCCACCCCCACUGCCUCUUUGUGCCCCUCAUCCUCACUGCCUCCCUCUAUCUCCCCCCUCCCUGUCCCC